CCUGGGCAACAGAGUGAGACUCUGUCUCUCUUUUUUUUUUUUGAGACGGAGUUUUGCUCUUGUUACGCAGGCUGGAGUGUAAUGGUGCGAUCUCGGCUCACGGCAACCUCCGCCUCCUGGGUUCAGGCAAUUCUCCUGCUUCAGCCUCCUGAGUAGCUGGGAUUACAGGCACGCACCACCAUGCUCAGCUAAUUUUUUGUAUUUUUAGUAGAGACGGGGUUUCACCAUGUUGACCAGGAUGGUCUCGAUCUGUUGACCUCAUGAUCCACCCUCCUUGGCCUCCGAAAGUGCUGGGAUUACAGGCGUGAGCCACUGCGCCUGGCCGAGACUCUGUCUUAAAAAAAAAAAAAAAAAAAAAAGAUGAGGCUGGAUGUGGUGACUCAAUCCCAGCACUUUGGGAGGCCAAGGUGGGCAGAUCAUCUGAGGGGUCGGGAGUUUGAGACCAGCCUGGCCAACAUGGAGAAACCCUGUCUCCACUAAAAAUACAAAAUUGUCAGGCAUGGUGGCACAUGCCUGUAAUCCCAGCUACUCAAGAGGCUGAGGCAGGAGAAUCACUUGAACCCAGGAGGCAGAGGUUGUGGUGAGCCAAAAUUGUGCCAUUGCACUCCAGCCUGGGCAACGAGAAUGAAACUCCCUCUCAAAAGAAAAAAAAAGGCCGGGCACAGUGGCUCACACCUGCAAUCCUAGCACAAUCCCAGCACUUUGGGAGGCUGAGGCAGGCAGAUUAUGAGGUCAGAAGAUCGAGACCAUCCUGACCCACAUGGUGAAACCUGGUCUCUAACUAAAAAUACAAAAAUUAGCCAGGCAUAGUGGCAUGCACCUGUAAUACCAGCUACUGGGCAGGCUGAGGCAGGAGAAUCACUUUAACCGGGAAGUGGAGGUUGCAGUGAGCCGAGGUCAGGCCACUGCACUCUAGCCUGGCAAUUGGGCAGGACUCCAUCUCAAAAAAAAAAAAAAAAAAUUGAACAAAGGCAGGACUUGAACCAAAGCCUGCUGCCUCCUAAAUUGCUGGAUUCCCAAGGUAUCAGUUUCUGGUGUGAUCAAAACAUAGAUGGAGACAAGUUGACCUGCAGGGUGGGGCACAAUGGGGAUAGAGGGGGCAGAGCUGCAGACCUCUGCUGAGACACAUGCCUUGAACAACAAAGCUGGGCCUGAGUUGAGGCUAAUUACUCCAGCUGUGAAGAACACCUGGGGGGCUGGGCAUGGUGGCUCAAACCUGUAAUCCCAGCACUUGCUGAGGUGGGGAAAUCACUUGAGGUCAGGAGUUUGUGAUCAGCCAGGCCAACAUGGUGAAACCCCGUCUCUAUUAAAAAUACAAAAAUUAGCCGGGUGUGAUGGCACAUGCCUGUAAUCCUAGCUACUCAGCAGGCUGAGGCAGGAGACUUGCUUAAACCCAGGAGGUGGAGGUUGCAUGAGCCAAGAUUGCACCACAGUACUCUAGCUUGGGUGACAGAGGCUCCAUAUCAAAACAAAACAAAACAAAACAAAACAAAAAACACCUUGAUGGGGAGAGAGAAAGAAACAGAAGCCCCAGAGAAAGGUGGGUGGUGGUAGGCUGCCCCACGUAUGCCAUCCACCUGUGAAUUGCUCCAGAUCAAGUAUCUGCCUCGCUCUCCCGCUCCUGCCCCUCCUCUUUCCCCUACUCCACUACCAUGGCCUGGCCCACGCCUCCAUGCACCGACUCUAUGGGCCUCCUAUAAUCCCCUGACAUCACUGCCUGCCAGCCCUGGCAGGCCCCAGACUUGGAGAACCUGUUUAGGACCCCUCACCUGAGAACCCAUCUUUUCCCUCAACCUCCUCCCACCUUCCUUCAGCUCACCGUUCAGAUCUGGAAUCCCACAGGCAGCCCCAAUCUGGAGACAGGAACCUAGCUUCUGCCCUGGCUCUGCUGUGUGAUGCCAGGUAAGUAGCUGCCCCUUUCUGGGCCUCAGGCUCCUUAUCUAAGUCUUCCCAACCCCCAGCUCAUCACAUCAACCUGUCUGGGCUUCUUUUCAGCACCAUAUCAUUUUAGGAAAACUUGGUGUUUGUUCAUUCAUAUGUUUCUUGAUGUUCUCCCCCACUGGACUGUGUGCCUGUGAGACAAGGACUUUACCUGCCUUAUCCACCCUGGUGCUGGCACACAGUAGGUGUUCUCUUAAUACCUACUGGGUCCAGGUGCAGUGGCUUAUACCUGUAAUCCCAACACUUUGAAAGGUUAAAGUGGGAGGAUCACUUGAGCCUGGGAGGUGGAGGCUGCAGUGAGCUAUGAUGGUGCCACUGCACUCCAGCCUGGGCAACAGAGCAAGGCCCUGUAUCUCAAAAAACAUCUGUUGGGCCCAGCAUGGUGGCUCAUACCUGUAAUACCAGCACUUUGGGAAGCCAAGGCAGGCUGAUCAUCUGGGGUCGGGAGUUCAAGACCAGCCUGGUUAAGAUAGUGAAACCCUGUCUAUACUAAAAAUACAAAAAUUAGCCGGGCAUGGUGUUGGGCACCUGUAAUCUCAGCAACACAGGAGGCUGAGGCAGGAGAAUCGCUUGAACCCAGGAGGUGGAGGUUGCAGUGAGCUGAGAUGGUGCCACUGAACUCCAACCCGGGCGACAGAGUGAGGCUCCAUCUCAAAACAAACAAGAAAAAACACCUGUUGAGUGGCCAUGCGGGCCCCUCUGCCUCCAGGUCACCACCUGACCAGGGGAGCUAGGAUGGAACAGGAUUCCAGCCCGCUAGGAUCGGAGUCUGACUGAUCACUGCCUGACUCAGGGGGUGGGCAGGGGAUGAGAACUGAACAUUUGUUCCAUGAUGGAGAGUUUAGGGAAGCACUGGAGUGAGACCAGGACCCAGCGUGUCUCUCGGACCCUGCCCCUUUGCUGCAAGGCUUUCCCGAGGGACAGUGCCUCAGGUGUGUGUGCGUAUCUGAGUGUGUUGUGCCUGGGCAGAGGGAUGAGAUCUCUUAGUAUAUCAGAGGCUGAGACGUGGCCAGAUCCCAGGACUGCUGGCCCCCGGCUCUGUGUGCGUCUGUGCGCAUGUGUGGGCAUGAGGCACGUGUCCCAUGUCUGUUCUGUGCAGGUGCCUCUGGCUAGGCCCCCAGGGGUGCAAUACGAGUUCCCCUGUCUGUGUGCAUGCGUGCAUCUGGGACUCUGUGUGACGUGUGUAAGCCUGGCAGAAUCCCACAUGCAUGUAGCCAUGCCUGCUAAAAUUUCAGCUCCAUGAGGGCAUGGAUUUUUGUCUGUCUUGUUCCAUGCUCUGUCCCCACACUUAAAACAGGGACUGGUGCACAGUUAAGGGCCCCAAUCACUGAAUGAAUGUGCACAUGAAAGUGUGUGCUUGUGCCUGUGUGUGCCCUCGUGCCAAUGCAUGUGUAGACCUGUGAAUGUUGCUAUGCCUAAGGAUGCACCCAUGUGUGGACGAUGUCACACUCCACCCUCCUGUCCCUUUUCAAACUUGGGAGCCUGCGCCAAGUACCUGGGUCCCUAUGGGGCGGAGCAGGGGGUGGCCUCCUCUGGGAAACUGGAUCCCAGGACGUGCAGAACAGCAGGGAGCAGGGCGGCCCCUUUGUCCCCAGAUAAUCCCCAUCCCGCCCUUGCCCCCGCCCUCACAGCCACUAGGGUUUAGGGUCGAAUUUGGGAGCUGGAGGGGCCUGGGUGUCCCCUCCGUGCCCCCUUCCCUACCUAUUUCCUGCCUCUGGGGCUUCCGCUUCCCAGUCCCAGACCUCCUGUGUGGAACAUGUGCCCCCCAUCCGGGUCCUCCCACUGGCUCCCUGUCCUAUCCAGUGGCCAGGUCUUUCUCUCAUUCUUUGCCAGGGCCCUGCCCAAUCCUGCCCCCCUCCCCAGGGUGUGACUCCCUCUCUCUUGGGCGGCCCCAGGGCUCAGCCCCAAGUAUAAAGACACCUGAGGGGCAGGAGGUCAGGUGUCCUGAAAGACCCAGAGGCUGCAGAGAGGAAGGAGCCAAGGAGAGAACAUGAGGUGUCCACUGGGUGAGUGAAGGGCAGGGGCACCAGGCCCCAGAGACACAGGAGGGGGGACCCAGACAGCCCCUCCUCUCUGUGACUCAGGGGCCUGGCUGUCUUUGCACCUGCUGGAAAUCCUCUCACACAAGGCUUCGUUCAUCAUUCAUUCGACGAAUAUUUCUUGAGUACCUAUCGUGUGCUAGGUACUGUUUGAAGCAUCUGGGGAGACAGCAGUGAACAAAGAGACAAAAUUCAUGGCCUCUUGGAAAUUUCGUCCUGCAGACACAUAAUACAUGUACUAAUAAGUAAAUCUAAAGCUAGUGUGGCAGACCGUGGUGCAGUGAGCCAACUGUGGCUUUUUUUGGUGGUGGUGGUUGGUUUGUUUUUUGAGACAGGGUCUUGCUCUGUGGCCCAGGCUGGAGUCCAGUGGCAGAAUCUUUGCUCAUUGCAGGCUUGGACUCCAGGGCUCAAGCGGUCCUCCUGCCUCAGCUUCCUGAGUAGCUGAGACUACAGGUGUAUGCCACCAGGUCACUCUAAGGUUUUUUUUUUUUUUUUUUUUUUGAGACAGAGUUUUUGCUCUGUUGCCUAGGCCAGUGUGUGGUAACACAAUCUCAUCUCACUGUAACCUCCACCUCCUGGGUUCAAGCUAUUAUCUUGCCUCAGCCUCCCGAGUAGCAGGUGCCCGCUACCACGUCUGGCUAAUUUUUAUAUUUUUAGUAGAGACAGGGUUUCACCACGUUGGCCAGGCUGGCCUCGAACUCUGACCUCAAGUGAUCCACCCACCUUGACUUCCCAAAGUGGUGGGAUUAGAGGCAUUAGCCACCGCACCCAGAAUUUUUUUUAAAAAAACCUUUGUGUACGGAUGUGAUCUCUCUAUGUUGUCCAGGCUGGUCUCAAACUCUGGGGCCCAAGCGAUCCUCCCAAAAUGUUGGGAUUACAGGUGUAAACCACUGCAAACCCCAAGUUUGUCAAAUGAAGAAAUGAAAUGGUCUUCCCUCCCAGUCUUCUCUGAGUUGCUUCUGAACUCUGGGAACUCAGGAAUGUGGAAAGGGGAAUGAAGGAGGCUGCGCUGGGUUUGCCUCUCUUCUCCAUUGCUCCUGGCUGGUGACCUUAGGGCAUUCUCCUCCUCUCCGAGCCUCACACUGUUGGUGGGAACAUAAACUGGACCAGAUCUUCGAGAGGACAAUUUGGCAGCAUCUAUUCACAUUUAAGGUAAGCAUGCAGGCAUGUGCUCAUGCCUGUAAUCCCAGCACUUUGGGAGGCUGAGGCAGGAGGAUUACUUGUGGCCAAGAGAUGGAGACCAGUGUGGGCAACAUAGUGAGAACCCGUCUCUACAUAAGAUUUUAAAAAUUGGCCAGGUGCAGUGGCUCACAUCUGUAAUCCCAGCACUUUGGGAGACUGAGGCAGGCGGAUCACCUGAGGUCAGGAGUUCAAGACCAGCCUGGCCAAAAUGGUGAAACCUCGUCUCUACUAAUAUAGAAAAAUCAGCCGGGCAUGAAAGCAGGUGCCUGUAGUCCCAGCUACUUGAGAGGCCGAUAUGGGAGAAUCACUUGAACUGGGAAGAUGGUGGCUGCAGUGAGCCGAGAUCACACUACUGCACUCCAUCCAGCCUGGGUGGCUGAAUGAGACUCUGUCUCAAAAAAAAAAAGAAAAUUAACUAAGUGUGGUGGCAUGGGCCUGUAGUCCCAGCUACUUGGGAGGCUGAGGUAGGAGGAUCCCCUGCAUCCAGGAAUUUGAGGCUGUGGCGAGUUAUAAUCACACCCCGGUAUUCCAGCCCUGGUGACAGAGUAAAACCCCAUCUCUAUUUUUUUUUUGAGAUAGAGUUUCGCUCUUGUUGCCCAGGCUGGAGUGCAGUGGUACAAUCUCAGCUCACUGCAACCUCUGCCUCCUGGGUUCAAGCAAUUCUCCUGCCUCAGCCUCCCGAGUAGCUGGGAUUACAGGUGUCUGCCACUGCAGCCUGCUAAUUUUGUAGUUUUAAUAGAGACAGGUUUUCUCCAUGUUGGUCAGGCUGGUCUCGAACUCCUGAACUCAGGUGAUCCGCUUCACUUGGCCUCCCAAAGUGCUAGGAUUACCAUCAUGAGCCACCAUGCCUGGCCAACUCCCCAUCUCUAAAAGAAGGAAAAAAGACAACACUUGUGCUGUCUGCCUUUAAAGGAUAGAAUUAACAGGAUUUACUGUGGGACUGGAUGUGUAGAGUAAGAAAAAAAUGGAGCAUCAAAUUGCACACCAUGGCUUUAGCCUGAGCAACUAGAAGAAUGGAAGUGCCUUUACCUGAGACAGGGGAGCUUGAGACAGGAGGGCCUUGGGGGGAAUAUUCCAGAAUUAAAGCCUGGAUAUUUUGAGUUUGAGAUGCUUACUAAUAUUCAAGUGAAAAUGUCUGUCCAGUAGCUGGCCGGGUGUGGUGGCUCAUGCCUGUAAUCCCAGAAUUUUGGGAGGCUGAGGCAAGUGGAUCACCUGAGGUCUGGAGUUCGAGACCAGCCUGAUCACCAUGGAGAAAUCUUGUCUGUAUUAAAAAUACAAAAUUAGUCAGGCAUGAUGGGGCAUGCCUGUAAUCCCAGCUACUUGUGAGGUUGACACAGGAGAAUCACUUGAGCCUGGGAGGUGGAAGUUGCAGUGAACUGAGACAGCACCACUGCAGUCUAGCCCGGGAAACAACAGUGAAACUCCAUCUCAAAAAGAAAAAAAAAGAAAAUGUCAACUAGCUGAAUCAAUGACCCUGGAGUUCAGAGUGUUCUGGGCCAGGAUGAUCUACCUGCAGACGGGGUUUGUCACUGACUUGGAUAGACAAGAUGGAGGUAGCCCACAAGGGCUGGGCCCUUUUCAGGAGUUGUAAAGAUGAAUGAAUGAAUUGGAGGCAGGGUCGGGACCAUGGUGCUGACCUCCAGCUUCCUCUGCCAGCCCGCCUCUGCCUGCUGACCCUGCUGUCACCACCCCUCAGCUCGGCAGCCCCCGUCUCCCCGGCUGAGCCCAUUAGUCAAGCCUACAGCCUGGCCCUCUACAUGCAGAAGAACACGUCAACGCUGCUGCAGACUUAUCUCCGGUACCAGGGCAGCCCUUUUAGUGACCCUGGCUUCUCAGCCCCUGAGCUCCAGCUCAGCAGCCUGCCUCCUGCCACGGCCUUCUUCAAGACCUGGCACGCCCUGGAUGAUGGAGAACGGCUGAGCCUUGCCCAGGGGGCCUUCCUGGCCUUGACCCAGCACCUCCAGCUCGUGGGGGAUGACCAGAGCGACCUGAACCCUGGCAGUCCCAUCCUGCUGGCUCAGCUCGGGGCUGCGAGACUCAGGGCCCAAGGCCUGCUGGGCAACAUGGCCGCCAUCAUGAUGGCCCUGGGGCUGCCGAUCCCCCCAGAAGAGGAUACUCUCGGGCUUGUUGCCUUUGGGGCCUCAGCCUUUGAGAGGAAAUGUCGAGGCUACGUGGUUACCCGGGAAUAUGGCCACUGGACAGACCGUGCUGUGAGGGACUUGGCUCUGCUCAAGGCCAAGUACCCAGCAUAGAGGGGCAGGACUUCCUGUCAGAGGCUUCAGCACUUCCUGUUUCAUAAUGGCCUCUUUUCUGCCUUGCUUGUGGGCUAGAAAAGGAGAUACAGCUUGUCUAGCAGACAGGGCUUGGGUGCCAUGUCUGGGAAUGUUUCCUGGAAGCCAGGCCUCAAUUCCUUAUUUCAGGGGCCUUCCUGCCCAGGUCCUCUGGCUUGCUUUCCAGGUCUGGGUCAAUCUCCAUGGAUAUCGUUCCAUGGGCUACCCAUCCAGUGGUACUCGGGUCCACUUCCUGGUUGGAAAGACGUGCCUCUCCAAAGAGAUUUCACCUGCCACCCUACAGGGAGAGGACAGUUGGUCCCCUUCCUGGGCUCUCCCUGAGACCUUCUCCUUUUGGUAAUUCUGGGGAGGUCAGGACUGCCUUCCUGUCUCCGUCUACCUCAUUUCCUCUAUGAAGAUCCCGCCUUUCUGAGUAGAUAGGCCUCCCUUCUUCCUGCUGAAGUUCAUUGGCUCCCCUCUCUGAGGCCCUUUUGGGCUACUAUUUCACUUCCUGUCCUCAAGGGGCUCCACUUCCUGAUCCAUGGAAGCCCAAUUCUUGAAGAACGAAGGACUGCAUCACAUCUGUUUCCUGUUGGGACACAUCCAUUUCCAGUUCUGGGCUGGCAGAGGGCACCGCUGCCUUGGGACUGUCAACCUCCUAUUUAUACUGGGCUUGGGCAUGCCUGGGGGACCAGGCUGCAACCCAAGGGUUCUUUUCUCCCUAAAGCUGUCUCCCCAUUUCCAACAAUUAUAUAUGCAGGUAACUUU